AUGAACGAUGAUUAUGUUCCAUCUGCAUCUGUUGAUAGUUAUACAACACCAAUGGAAGUACAAAUACCCUUGUUAGAACCAUCUUCAACUCAUGAUGGCUCUAUUAAUAAAGCUGUUAAUAAAUCUGUUGCUCCUAAUACUAAUAAAUCAGGUUCUUCACCAACUAUUGCAAAAAUAGCUGGUAAUUCCAAUAAGUUAUCUACUUUACGUGUUUCACAAAAUUCAAAUAAUGAACCUAAAAAUCAAACAUUAUUGGAGAAACUAUUUCCUGUAGGUCAAUUAUUAAGAGUAGAAUUAUAUCAAGCAUUACUUAGUGAAUUUAUUGGAACAUUUUUACUUGUAUUAGUAUGCACAUCUACUGGUUUACCAAUUACAAUGAAACAAGUACCUGAUAUGCAUGGUGCACUUGCAGCAGGUUUAAUUGUUGCUACUAUUGUUGUUGGUUUUGGUCAUAAUAGUGGAGCACAUAUUAAUCCAGCUGUAACAGUAUCAUUUCUUGUUGCAAAUGAAAUUGAUGUUUAUCGAGCAUUAUUAUAUAUUUUUGUGCAAUUACUUGGUGCAACUACUGCUUCGAAUGUAUUAAGAUUACUUGUACCUGAUCAUGCACAAGGUACUUUAGGUAUGACAAUGAUAACAGAAGGUAUAUCACUUUCGCAAGCAUUUAUUAUUGAAUUUCUUAUUACUUUUAUCUUGUGCUAUACUGUACAUGCUAUUUGUGAUAAACGACGUGAUGAUAUUGGUGGUUCAAAAGCUUUAGCUGUUGGUUUAGCUGUUACAAUUGGUUGUUUAUUCGGUGGUCCUUAUACAGGUGCUUCAAUGAAUCCAGCUCGAUCAUUUGGACCAGCUAGUGUAAUGCAUAUAUGGAAAAAUCAUUGGAUUUAUUGGAUUGGACCAAUAGCUGGUUCCGUUGUAGCUGGAUUAAUGUAUACACGUGUCUUGAGAAAACCAGCAUCUGAUUCUAUGCCUAAUACUCCACAGUCAUCUACACGUCGUGUUCCACCAAAUCAUGUUUAG